GGGAACAGUGGAGCCAGGGAACUUCUGUUCAACCUUUUUGACAAGUAGGCCUUCUCCAUGCAGAAAGCCAGGGCCCGCACCCUGCCACUGCUGUUCUUCUGCAACAGCACGCUUCCCACCUUGACGCUGAUUCUUUCAUUCUCAUGAGCACUUUGCACACUCACACGCCACCCAAGGCCUUAAACCCCUCCCUUCUGUUCAAAUACUCCACCGAGGACUCACCCGGGGUUUAGGGUUUUUGAGCAAGGCUUGAAGGCGAAGAUGGCGAAGACUGCAUUUCUUUUCUCCCUUUCUUUGCUGCUGCUCACAGUUGGUGGUCACAAGGAUUCGGACUACACUGCCUCCAUUUUUGUCAAUGAGGAAGAUGUUCAUGAGGUUGCGCACAGCAUUUCAGUGGCAGACAAAUGGGUCAAGGAUAAUAUUGUUGAUGGAAAGAUACCCAGAAAUGUGGUUGUUGGUGGUGGGUUUCUUUGUGAUGCCAACUAUGAGGAGGAGUGGGGCUUGAUUCUUCCGGCUAUUCAGAACUUAUACUUUGCUCUGGGGAGAAGGGGUUUAGAGAAGAAGACCAGGGUCUCUACUAUAGUGUCCACUGCCUGCCUUGAAUAUCCCCACCACCCACCUUCUUCUAAGUUUAAGGAAGCUUUGGCUGAUACACACCUGAAGCCCCUGCUCAACUUCCUGCAGAACACAAAUUCAUCCUAUCUUCUGAACCCAUCUUCCUUCCUCUCUCUGUCUGCUCAUAGGUCGGCCCUUAGAUACAUGGGUCUUUCUCUUGGAAUAGACUUGGUGAAAGAGAGUAGAAGUAGAAGCAGGAAACUGAUAGUAGAAUCACUUCCAGCGAGGCCAUCACCAAUAGCAGAAGUUACUCCUUCACCGUUGUACCCAAAUAUUGGAGCCUCUGUUCCAGCUAAUGUUGUCAAGAACCCAUCUCCCCCUGCUCUUCCAUCAGCCAGCCCACCUGCUUUUUCUUUCACAUUUGCACCAGACAAUGGAGAUCCUUUAAACUUCCCGACCUACCCGCCUUCUCCUGCUCCCGCCCCUCCCUCCGAUGAUUUCGGGCUUCCUCCUUGCGGUCCUGUCAACAAGGAACCCAAGCCUGCGAGGAAGUAUGGCCAGUGGUGUGUUGCAAAACCUACUGUUCCCGAGGACACACUGCAGGAGGCAAUGGACUAUGCUUGUGGUGAUGGUGGUGCAGAUUGUGAAGACAUCAUGCCUCAUGGCAGUUGCUUCUAUCCUAACACCGUUGCUGCUCAUGCCUCUUACGCUUUCAAUAGCUAUUGGCAGAAGGCAAAGGACAAUGGCGGUACCUGUGAUUUUGGAGGAACAGCAAUGCUGAUCAAUUCUGACCCAAGUUUCUUCCACUGCCAUUACGUGCUCAGUUGAGGUGGAGCUUUGUAAAACUUGUUUCGGGUGGGGUUUUUUUUUUGUGAUUUCUUUCUCGAACAUUAAUAGCUGGAGCUUGGCUUUGGUAUCUUGUCACCAUGGUUCCCUUCUAUAUCUGUGAGAUGUUUCUUGAGCUCUUGAGACCUUGUUCUUGGGACAUGGUAUUGCAGUGUAGAUUACUGUUACAGGGUAGUAUAGGUUAGCGUCAUAUAAAUGCUUGUCUCUACUUCUUAUAUUGGCGAAAAUAGCAUGCUUUCUCCUUC